CUCUUCUAAUUGAUUGUCGCAGCUGAUCUAUUCUGGUUAUAGUUGCGAUCAAGGUUGGUUCUUUACACCUUGUACAGGUGAUCCACGAUUAAGGGGACUAACAAAUAUUUUAAGGUUGCAUGUCAAAAAGGUCAAUUGCUCAGAAUGGGAGCAAAUUACUGUUACGUCAAGGUACUUUUGUGAGUUUGUUUUAUUUGCAAUAUAAUUUUAUCUGGCAAUGUGUUUCUUCUUAUUCUUCUUAGAUAAGUACCAUCUCUGUCGCUAAGUAUUAUCAUCAUUUAUACAUUUUUCAUUGAUAUUCUUAUUCUAUAAAUCUCAUUUUGUAAUUAUGUGUUCCUCUAGUGUAAGAGCUAUUGUUGCUUUAAAUCUUCAUAACUAUGGAAGUGGACGACAUCCCUGGGGUAAUCUGAAGCCAGAUUAUUUGGAAAAGAAAAAGUUUGUUGAGGCCCAUGCUGAUGAUGGUCUUCUAGAAAUUUUUGGCCUUAAGCACGGAUGGCAUGCAUCAUUUGUUAUGGUCGAACUCAUCUCUGCCAAGCACAUUGCUCAGGUAUAUUGAGAUGAUUUCUUUGGAACAAUUCUUGACAACAUUUGUAGUUGAGGCCUUUAGAAUGGAAGAAUGUAUUUCACUAAUUUUUGUAUACAUUUUUUGUUUUGUA